ACAACAAUAUCAAGAUCAGUGAUUGGCCUGAGGGUUUCAACUUUGCCCUCAAUGUUUCCUGUAGAGGUGAAAUGCUCAACAUUUGAUGUGUAAAUGUUACUAGUUGUCAGGAAUGAGGAGGUUUAUUUGUUCUCAGCUUUGUUUAGGGUGUUCCAGUCAGAGCAUGAAGUUAUUGCAAGUUAAUUAUUGAAGCCAUAUUACAAUGUAUCAGCUGAUUUUCGACCUAUGAGCUACAGCUUAAGACUUGUUUGAAGUGUUUAAUGAGUCUGUAGAGGGAUAACAGAGAUGAUUCGGGGAUUUUCUUUUUUUCUUGACACAGACGUCGUGAAGACACCAGAGAGCUGAAUAACGAAGAAGCUAAUGGGAGAAACGCAGAGUGAAGGUAGAAAGUGUGUGUGAGCUGAUGUGGAUGUGAAUUCAGCAGCAUGGAUCAGUGUGAGGACAGAGAGGAGGGAGUCCCUCCCUCUAAAACCACUCUGUGUGGGGAACAUGAGAGCCAGACCAAAGCUCAGAGGAACCGACCUGGACCUGAACCCAGCUGUGUGUCCUUAAAGAGUGACGGGUCAAAAAAUCGCCUCAUUUAUUUUAAAGGACAAAAAUCAUCUGCAGAGAGGACCUAUGGGAGACCUGAACCAAGCAGUGUAUCUUUAAAGAGUGAUGGGUCAAAAAAUCGCCUCAUUUAUUUCAAAGGACAAAAAUCAUCUCCUGCAGAGAGGAUCUAUCGGAAACCUGCAGAACUUAGAUCUGACACAAGCAGGGUAUCUUUAAAAAGUGACGAGUCUAAAGAUCGCCUUAUUUAUUUUAAAGGACAAAAAUCAUCUCCUGCAGAAAGACUGGACCAGGACAAUUCAGAGGUUUCUAGUGGUCAUUUUGUCCAGCAGGAUCAAAAACAGCUGGACUCCAUAUUUAUGCUGUUAGAGGACAACAUCAUCACGUUUGUGAAGAAUGAACUGAAGAAGAUGCAUGAGAUUUUGAGUCCAGAUUAUUUAGAGAUGGAAGAAGAUGAUAUGUCGAAGGAUGACAAUAAAAAUCAGAGGAGUAAAAGCAGAGAGGCAUUUGUGACAAUUGUGUUACACUUUUUGAAGAGAAUAAAGCAGGAAGAGCUGGCUGACCAUCUGCAGAGCAAAAUGUUUGCUCCACUUUGUCAAUGUAAACUUAAAUCUACUUUGAACAAAAAGUUCCAGUCUGUGUUUGAGGGGAUCGCUAAAGCAGGAAACUCAACACUUCUGAAUCAGAUCUACACAGAGCUCUACAUCACAGAGGGAGGGACUGCAGAGGUCAAUGAUGAACAUGAAGUCAGACAGAUUGAAACAACAUCCAGGAAAGCAGACAAACCAAACACAACAAUCAGACUAGACAACAUCUUCAAAACUUCACCUGGAAUAGAUGAACCAAUCAGAACAGUGCUGACAAAGGGAGUGGCUGGCAUUGGGAAAACAGUCCUAACACAGAAGUUCACUCUUGACUGGGCUGAAGAAAAAUCCAACCAGGACAUCCAGUUCAUAUUUCCAUUUACUUUCAAGGAGUUGAAUGUGCUGAAAGAGGAAAAGUUCAGCUUGGUGGAACUUGUUCAUCACUUCUUUACUGAAACCAAAGAAUCAGGAAUCUGCAGCUUUGAAGACUUCCAGGUUUUGUUCAUCUUUGAUGGUCUGGAUGAAUGUCGACUUCCUCUGGACUUCCACAAAACUAAAAUACUAACUGACUCCAGAAAAUCCACCUCAGUGGAUGUGCUGCUGACAAACCUCAUCAAGGGGAACCUGCUUCCCUCUGCUCACAUCUGGAUAACCACGCGACCUGCAGCAGCCAAUCAGAUCCCUCCUGAGUGUGUUGACAUGGUGACAGAGGUCAGAGGGUUCACUGACCCACAGAAGGAGGAGUACUUCAGGAAGAGAUUCAGAGACAAGAAGCAGGCUUCUAGGAUCAUCUCUCACAUCAAAACAUCACGAAGCCUCCACAUCAUGUGCCACAUCCCAAUCUUCUGCUGGAUCAAUGCUACGGUUCUGGAGGAUGUUCUGAAAACAAAAGAACAUAGAGACAUGCCCCUAACCUUGACUGAGUUGUACAUCCACUUCCUGGUGGUUCAGGCCAAAGUGAAGAAGGUCAAGUAUGAUGGAGGAGCUGAGACAGAUCAACACUGGAGUCCAGAGAGCAGGAAGAUGGUUGAGUGUCUAGGAAAACUAGCUUUUGAACAGCUGCAGAAAGGAAACCUGAUCUUCUAUGAAUCAGACCUGACAGAGUGUGGCAUCGAUGUCAGAGCAGCAUCAGUGUACUCAGGAGUGUUCACAGAGAUCUUUAAAGAGGAGAGAGGACUGUACCAGGACAAGGUGUUCUGCUUUGUCCAUCUGAGCAUUCAGGAGUUUCUGGCUGCUCUUUAUGUCCACCUGACGUUCUUCAACUUCUGUGUCAAUCUGCUAGAAGGAGAAACCUCUGCAUGGUCUAAAGCAUUUCAUAAACUCAAACUCCAAAACUGUGGUGGACAAUUUCUUCACAAGAGUGCUGUGGACAAGGCCUUAGAGAGUCCAAAUGGACACCUGGAUUUGUUCCUCCGUUUCCUCCUGGGUCUUUCAUUGCAGUCCAAUCAAACCCUUCUACGAGGUCUACUGACACAGACAGGAAUGAGCUCAGAGACCAAUCAACAGACAGUCCAGUACAUCAAGAAAAAGAUCAAUGAGAAUCUGUCUGUAGAGAAAAGCAUCAACCUGUUCCACUGCCUGAAUGAACUACAUGAUCGUGCUCUAGUUGGGGAGCUCCAACAGUCUCUGAGUAUGGGAAGUCUUUCCACAGAGAAACUGUCUCCUGCUCAGUGGUCAGCUCUGGUCUUCAUCUUAUUGACAUCAGAAAAAGAUCUGGAUGUUCUUGAUCUGAAGAAAUAUUCUGCUUCAGAGGACGCUCUUCUGAGGCUGCUGCCUGUGCUCAAAGCAUCUAAGAAAGCUCUGCUGAAUAACUGUAACUUGACAGAGAGAAGCUGUGAAGCUCUUUCUCUGUCUCUUAAAGUAGAAGGCUGUGAGCUGAGAACUCUGGACCUGAGCAAUAACAAUCUGCAGGAUUCAGGCGUAAAUCUGUUGAUAGCUGGAAUGGAGAGUAUGCACUGUAAAUUAGAGAAACUCAGACUGAGCACUUGUAACCUUUCAGAGAAAAGCUGUGGAACUAUGUCGUCAGUUCUCAGUCUCCAGUUCUCUAGUCUGAGAGAGAUGGACCUGAGCAACAACAACCUGAGGGAUACUGGAGUAAAGGCUUUGUCGGCUGGACUAAGAAGUCCACACUGUAAAUUGGAAACACUCAGGCUGUCGGGCUGUCUGAUAACAGAAGAAGGUUGUACUUUUCUGGCCUCAGAUCUGAGGUCUAAUUCCUCCUGUCUCAGAGAGCUGGACCUGAGCUACAAUCAUCCAGGGGAGACAGGCAUGAAUCUGUUGAAGCAGCUGAGACUUGGCACUCUCAGGGUGGAGCCUGCUGGAGUCCGAUGGCUGAAACCAGGAAGUCUGAGGAAGUAUUCCUGUCAACUCACAAUCGACACAAACACAGUACACAGAAAACUCAAACUGUCUGACAACAGGAAGGUGAGACAAGCAAAGGAAGUUCAUUCAUAUCCUGAUCAUCCAGACAGAUUUGAACGGCCUCAGCUGCUGUGUAAAGAUGGUCUGACUGGCUGUUGUUACUGGGAGGUCGAGUGGAACGGAAAAGUUGAGAUAUCAGUGAGUUACAGAGGAAUCACAAGGAGACGAGACAAUGACUGUUUGUUUGGAUGGAGUGAUCAGUCCUGGAGUCUGAGCUGCUGUGAUGAUGGCCGCUACUCCGCCUGGCACAAUAAGAAAUCAACAUCUAUCUCUGCCGCCUCCUCCUCCUCCUCUGUCUCUAACAAAGUAGCAGUGUAUGUGGACUGUCCUGCUGGCACUCUGUCCUUCUACAGAGUCUCCUCUGACACUUUGAUCCACCUCCACACCUUCAACACCACAUUCACUGAACCUCUUUAUCCUGGGUUUGGAAUCUGGUCCUCUGGUUCCUCAGUGACUCUGUGUGUAGUUUAGCAUAAUAGUGUCCUAACAGAUAGUUUAGUCUGUACAUGUCGGUCUCUUUCAUUUUGAAACAUGUUUUCAGAUUUAUGGAUUCAGCUGAUGUUUUAAACUGUUCUAAAUGAUUUUUUGUAAACUUCUUUCCUGGCUUUGUAAGUUUGUUGAGCAGCCAGGGUUCAUCUUGAUAUUUAUUUUUACUUUUGUUAGUGUAGUAGAUUUUAACGUGUCUGUGGUCAAAUUUGGAGAAUUAAAUGGUCCUUUAGAACCUAGAUAUACAGUUAGUCAGUUACCAAUACUGAACAUUGUUUUACUCUGUUGUGGUAAAGA